GGCCUUCAUCAGAAAGCGGGCAGCAGUCUCUAGCUCACGGGGUUUUAGUGUGGGAACUCGAGCAAAAGCAAACCUUUAUUCUGUCACAUGCCAGGCACUGGCCGGUCCCCAAGGAUCCAGGAGUGUGGAAGCAGAACCGGUUCCUGUCCUCCUGGAGCGCAUGGGCCCGGUGGGGGAGGGGCCAUUAGCCAAACUCUUAACACACGUGAUGAAUUAGCCACAAGGGCAGGAUCCUAGGGAAUGUCGCUUGUCGGUUGAGAAAGAGAAGAUAGGAAAUAAAGCCAUAAGGAGCUCAGGCCACGACUAGAAGCAACCAAUUGGGGGCAGCAGCAGCUGCUGUCUCCCCACUGCUUCCACCCCCAGGAUGUCAUGGCUCGUGAUGGAUCCACUCAAGAGACAGGACAGAGAAGGGCCCAGGGUGCCUCCUACUAUGUGGUGUGGUGUUGUAAUCAGAGUUUCCUCUGUCUCCAGCUGCUAGAAUCCCAGAUGGCCGGUGCCUGCCACAAGAAUGAGGAGCCCUAGGGGUGGCUGCCUCUGGCCGGUGCCAGACUGCAGCUGGAAGGGACACAGGUGGCUGGGUGCUCCAGCCCCCAGGCCUCUCUGCCUCGGUGCCAGGACGGAUGGCUCCUUCCUCCUCCAGCUCACUCCAGCCCCCGGCAGCACUGCCAAAGGGCGCCAUCUGCCUGGUUUGUCUUUUGGAGGCUUUUGGUGGCGUGGUGGCUGGCAGGCUGGUGUUUCUUCCCACUGGGGAGGAGGGUGAGGGCAGAGCAGCUGCCUGAGUGAAUGGGCUCAUCCUCCAGAAAGAGCAUAGCCCCUGGGGCUCUCUCAUCCAGAGUGGUGAGGGUUCUGCAGUGGCCUCUGGGUGCCUGGGCCUGGCGGGCAGAGAGAGCAGGCCUUGCCUCUGGGGGUCCGUGCACUUGAUGAAACCCUCCACUGUGUCCAGCCCACCCGGGCUGUGCAGCCCCUCCUCACUUCAGCAGACAGGCGUGGAAUUGAGCCCAUGGUGCCCAUGUCCCGCACCCUCCGCCCUUUCAGCCUGUGAGCGCCUUAUCCUUCUUCCUGGAACGCCUUCCCCUUCUCUCCCCGCCACCACAGUGAACUAUGACUCAUCUUUUGGGUUGAAGCUGAAAUGUCACUUCCAAAGACACCUGCCCUGACUCCCCAGUCCAGGGCGCAUCCCCCGCCGCGGGCCCCUGGUAGCACCCUCUCCUUCAGAGCACUGGUCGCAGUUCCACGGCAUGGGCUUAUGUGCUUCUUAAGUGGAUGUCUGUCUCCCUCCAUGGCCAAGGUGCUUCCCCAGGGCAAAGACCUUGUCUGGUUUUGCUCAAUAGACAGGAACCCUGGGCUAAAUACGGGGCUGCCGCCAGAGGAGACAGCCCUCGUGGAGCUGGCCAUCUGGCAGGGAAGCCGGCUCAUUAAACCAGAAUCAGUACAGAAUGGUAGUUGUUCUGGCAGGGCCUGUGGCGGCACUCCGCAGGAGCACCCUGGCGGAUCAGGGAAGGCUUCUCGGAGGAAGUGAUGUGGAUGCUGAGGCCAGAGGGCACGUAGGCAUCAGGAGAGGUCAAAGGUAGGGUGGACUGAGUGCUUGCGCAGUGCUUCCUGGAGAAGAGACACGAAUGCGUUGGAGUGGGGGUGGAAGCAGUUUUCCAAGUAGCAAGGGGAAUCAUUAGUUGAAUUUGGAUGUUGAAAGAAAAGAAAAUAGACUGAGCAAAGGUCAGAAGGUGACCUUGGGCUUUCUGGCCGGUUGCCAGUACAACGAAGGAGGCUUGUUUGGCUGGAACAGGGAGGCAGCGGGCAGGACUAGCUGCAGGGCUGGUUCUAAUUCUGGAGGCUUGGAGUGGCCGCUUGAAGAGACUGGACUCAGUGGUUUCCAGCAGCAGGGUGGUGUCCCCUCUGGGUCCAGCUUCCCAGGCCAGAGAGGCCGCUGCGCUCUUGAAGAUCUGAAAGCUGUGGCUCUGCCAAUGAUCCUGUGAGUGUUGCAGAGGCACCGUUGCCCCUGGGGGCCCCUGUCCCGGAGUGGCCCACUGCCUGCUCCCAGCAUGGCGUCCGACACCCCCGAGUCCCUGAUGGCCCUCUGCACCGACUUCUGCCUGCGCAACCUGGACGGCACCCUGGGCUACCUGCUGGACAAGGAGACCCUGCGGCUGCAUCCAGACAUCUUCCUGCCCAGCGAGAUCUGUGACCGGCUCGUCAAUGAGUAUGUGGAGCUGGUCAAUGCCGCCUGCAACUUUGAGCCCCACGAGAGCUUCUUCAGCCUCUUCUCGGACCCCCGCAGCACCCGCCUCACCCGUAUCCACCUCCGAGAGGACCUGGUGCAGGACCAGGACCUGGAAGCCAUCCGCAAGCAGGACCUGGUGGAGCUGUACCUGACCAACUGUGAGAAGCUGUCCGCCAAGAGCCUGCAGACGCUCAGGAGCUUCAGCCACACCCUGGUGUCCCUGAGCCUCUUCGGCUGCGCCAACAUCUUCUACGAGGAAGAGAACCCGGGCGGCUGUGAAGACGAGUGCCUCGUCAACCCCACGUGCCAGGUGCUGGUCAAGGACUUCACCUUCGAGGGCUUUAGCCGCCUGCGCUUCCUCAACUUGGGCCGCAUGAUCGACGGGGUCCCCGUGGAGUCCCUGCUGCGGCCGCUGCACUCGCUGGCCGCCUUGGACCUGUCGGGCAUUCAGACGAGCGACGCGGCCUUCCUGACCCAGUGGAAGGACAGCCUGGUGUCGCUUGUGCUCUACAACAUGGACCUGUCCGACGACCACAUCCGCGUCAUCGUCCAGCUGCACAAGCUGCGACACCUGGACAUCUCCCGAGACCGCCUCUCCAGCUACUACAAGUUCAAGCUGACCCGCAAGGUGCUGAGCCUCUUUGUGCAGAAGCUGGGGAACCUGAUGUCCCUGGACAUCUCUGGCCACAUGAUCCUGGAGAACUGCAGCAUCUCCAAGAUGGACGAGGAGGCGGGACAGACCAGCAUCGAGCCUUCCAAGAGCAGCAUCAUGCCUUUCCGGGCUCUGAAGAGGCCACUGCAGUUCCUCGGGCUCUUUGAGACCUCCCUGUGCCGCCUCACGCACAUCCCGGCCUACAAGGUGAGCGGCGACAAAAAUGAGGAGCAGGUGCUGAACGCCAUCGAGGCCUACACGGAGCACAGGCCGGAGAUCACCUCACGGGCCAUCAACCUGCUUUUCGACAUCGCACGCAUCGAACGCUGCAACCAGCUUCUCCGGGCCCUGAAGCUGGUCAUCACGGCCCUCAAGUGCCACAAGUACGACAAGAACAUUCAGGUGACAGGCAGCGCCGCCCUCUUCUACCUGACCAACUCCGAGUACCGCUCAGAGCAGAGCGUCAAGCUGCGCCGGCAGGUCAUCCAGGUGGUGCUGAAUGGCAUGGAAUCCUACCAGGAGGUGACGGUCCAGCGGAACUGCUGCCUGACCUUGUGCAACUUCAGCAUCCCCGAGGAGCUGGAGUUCCAGUACCGCCGGGUCAACGAGCUCCUGCUCAGCAUCCUCAACCCCACGCGGCAGGACGAGUCCAUCCAGCGCAUCGCCGUGCACCUGUGCAACGCCCUGGUCUGCCAGGUGGACAAUGACCACAAGGAGGCCGUGGGCAAGAUGGGCUUCGUGGUGACCAUGCUGAAGCUCAUCCAGAAGAAGCUGCUGGACAAGAUAUGUGACCAGGUGAUGGAGUUCUCCUGGAGCGCCCUGUGGAACAUCACGGACGAGACGCCCGACAACUGCGAGAUGUUCCUCAACUUCAAUGGCAUGAAGCUCUUCCUGGACUGCCUGAAGGAGUUCCCAGAGAAGCAGGAACUGCAUCGGAAUAUGCUGGGACUCUUGGGGAACGUAGCCGAGGUGAAGGAGCUACGGCCCCAGCUGAUGACUUCCCAGUUCAUCAGUGUCUUUAGCAACCUCCUCGAGAGCAAGGCCGAUGGGAUUGAGGUUUCCUACAACGCCUGUGGCGUCCUCUCCCACAUCAUGUUUGAUGGGCCUGAGGCCUGGGGCAUCUGUGAGCCCCAGCGGGAGGAGGUGGAGGAGCGCAUGUGGGCAGCCAUCCAGAGCUGGGACAUCAACUCCCGGAGAAAUAUCAAUUACAGGUCAUUUGAGCCAAUCCUUCGCCUCCUUCCCCAGGGCAUCUCGCCUGUCAGCCAGCAUUGGGCCACCUGGGCCCUGUACAACUUGGUGUCUGUCUACCCGGACAAGUACUGCCCCCUGCUGAUCAAAGAAGGUGGGAUGCCUCUCCUGAGGGACGUGAUCAAGAUGGCCACCGCGAGGCAGGAGACCAAGGAGAUGGCCCGCAAGGUGAUUGAGCACUGCAGUAACUUUAAAGAGGAGAACAUGGACACGUCCAGAUAGAGGCCUCCGCCCCACAGCUGCCCCCACAGCUGCCGCGGCUCCGGACCACGGGCCGGGAGGACGCGCUCUCAAGCGGCCCCGCUGGCAGAUGCCCACUCGGGGAGCCUCCCACUGGAUGGAGGGGACACAGGGGGACUUUUGCACAACCGACGCUUUUCCUUAACAUUAGUGAGAUAUAUAUAUUAUAUAUAUAUUAUAUAUAUAUUAUUUUUUUUUUUUGGUUAGGAAGUGUGAAGUUUUGUGUGUAUGAUUUCUGUACAAAAACAAAAGAAACACUCCCUGAGUCCUUGCAGCUUCCUUGGCCAUUCUCAAGCCCCAACUCGAAGCCUUCAUCGCUGCCACACUCACUCCUGCCCCUGCCAAACUAAAUGCCUCUAACGUUGUGAGUGUCCGGCCCUUGCCCUGGAAUCUCAGAGCCCAGCCUCACCCCCUCUUAGGAGAGGCGGCGGGCUUUGCCAGCCCACUCUAGCACCCUGACCCGCCCACCAAAGCCUGAGAACCCCAUCUAGGUUCCUGGGUGCAGCUGAUGGGGUUUGGGGAUUAGAAGUAACCCCACUGGGUCUCCCAGAUGCCUUGGUGCUCCCGGCUAUGGGCCUCUGGGGCAGGGAAGUGAGCCACCUGCCUAGAUCCAGGUGGCCCCAGCCCUGGAGGGCCCCCAAGGAGCAGGGCCCACAGUGGCUCUGCUGCCCUUGGGCCAGGCCUGCCUGAGGCCACGCUGCUACGGAGGCUGCCUCCUAGUCUCCCACCAGGUCCCAGGCCGUUGAAGUCCCCAGCCCAGGGCUGGUCAGAACUCGGGCAGAUUCCACUGCCCCUUCUGCCAAACAUAUCCAGAACCUGCCCCCAGCCCUGGAAGCCAGCACCUUGUGGGGCCAGGGGCUUGCUCCCUCCCUCCCCACCCCCAUUGCCCGCAGCACCCAUGGUGCCCAGGCACCCCACCAGCAGAACUGAGCCUGCCUCAUUCUCCCCUGCCUGCCCCGCUGCCCACAGGACCCCACGCCUCUCUCCCAGGCAGGAGGUCCCCACGCCAGCCUUGCCGGGUGGUGGCAAGAGGCAGACACCUCCAGACCAGCGUUUGGCAGGGCCUGCAGUGGCCGGCUCGGCCCUCUGGAGCCCUUCCCGCUCGCCUCCCGCUCUGCCCCCAGGCUUCCCUUGGAAACCUCUGUGCUGUGUUUCAGAGAAGUGUGAGCCACAAACUGUAUCUCAGAACACCCCGUGGUCCUCCCUCGGCGUCACUCCGAGUUGCUUCUCGUGGGACCGACGGCGGUGAGAAGGCCCCUCUGGGACAAGGGGCCUGGGAGCAGAGCCGACUCUGCAGGUGGCCCUUGAGGGGUGGCUUUUCUUCUCCCUCCUUCCCUGGGCCUGUGGCUGCCUCCAGACAGGACAGGCUGGAUGAGUCACCCAGGGGAGAGGAACCUGGCCUUUUUCCCCUGGGGCCUUCCCCUCCCAGCCCUGGGCAGGGGCAGCUGCCCUGAGUCCCUCCGCUUAGCAGAUGGGCCACGUCUGCCCCUCCCUUCCAUGCUCACGUGGCCUGAGCCAGACCCCGGGCAGAGCUCACAUCGCAUUGCUUUACCGCCCGGGGCCUGGAUAAAUGUCUGUACUUUGGGAUGUCACAGAAAUACAUUUUUGUGCAAAGUGGA